AUGCCUUUUUACGGUCGUCCCAGCAAAAACUGUGAGGGUUGUCGGGAGCGGCGAAUCAAGUGUGAUCGUAUUCAGCCGGUCUGUUCGCAGUGCAUGAGAGCGGGGAAGCCGUGUGGUGGCUACCGUGACAUCCCGGCUCUACUGUUUCGUGACGAAACAGACAAAGCAGCUCGGAGGUCUGCAACGGCCAAAUCUAGAGCAGGGGAGCGCCGAAAGGUCCCAGCCGCUCCAGUAUUAAAAUCAGAUGCAUCGUCAACAAGCUCUGAAGAAGAAUUGAAAGCUGCCGUGCCGCAGCGGAGACUCAUUCUACCGUUGGUUCCCACUGUUCCCAUAGCAGUGUCCACCACCGUGGAAGAUCUUGGCUUGAAGUUUUUCUGUACACAAUUUGUAACGGCCAGUUCAGCGGCAAUGGACGGGCCCUUUGUUUUGUCGACUUCAUCAUUUAUAGACACGGUUUCCGUGGAGCUGUCAUUUCGAGAUGCAGUGGCAUCAGUUGGGCUAGCUGCACUGUCCAAUGUUACUCGGGAUCGAUCUCUCCGGCUAGCGGCAAGAGAGAAGUAUGCGUUAUCCUUGAAUGCCGUGCGUCAGGCUGUGGCGAAUCCACUUCAAGCUAGACCCAAUGAAACCAUAAAGAUCAUCUUGAUGAUAGGUUUAUAUGAGAUGGUUUGCUGCAACUCAAGCCAGCUUGACGCGUGGACGAUUCAUCUAGACGGAGCUGCCGCCUUAUUGCGACAGGGGUCCUUUAGCAAGGCGAUAAAGACCCGUGACCCGCGCGCCCAGUUACAGUUCUUCUAUUUUUCCAUGGUCAAAUAUUACCACGCCCAAAAAGCACUACCAAUUGAAUUUUCAAAUUUCACAAUCAAUUCACUUCAAUCUUCAAAUCCCGAUGAUUUGCCAGCCAUUGAUCUCGUUGAUAUCCUGGCGCGGUUCAUGAACUUUCAUACCACCCGCGGUGAUCCAAAUUUCGAUCCCUCGAAUGGAGUGCGAACAGCAAUAGCCUUCGAUACCGAGCUAGAACAUUGGGAGGAACAUCUCCCACAUAAAUGGCAGUUUUUUGUCGAGACUUCGAGCGACAUGAAGCAGACCUUCUAUGGGAAAUAUAUGGUCUAUCAUGACAUGUGGGCGUCGAGAGAUCUCAACUACUACUUCUGGGGCCGAUUGAUUGUCAAUGAGAUGAUGUUGAAUAAUAUCGCCAAGUUGGCACGAGUGGGCCUUCUGGAAGUUCAACAUCUUCAACGACGACAACGAGCACUGGGUGUGGUAUCGCAAAUGGCGACAUAUAUUUGCACGGGCGCUUCGACCAUAUUGGGUGGGUUCGAAAAUGGAAUGCCGCUCAAAGGACAGACUCAGGUUCCUCCUUUGAAUGGUGUCUUCAUGUUGCUAUUCCCAUUGACCGUUGCCGGUGACUCGCCUGCUGCUCCAGAUGAAGUACAUGAGUGGGUGGUACAGAAACUUCAGACCAUUGGAUCCAAAAUGGGAAUCCAGAGAGCCCUAGAACUUAUACCAAAGAUCCAAAGAGUGCGAGCUUGGAAGUCGCAGCUGAUGAGUAUAGAGCAACAAAACAUAUAA